AAAUAUCUGCUUCCACCGUCCGCCGCCAUAAAUCCCUUUACCCUCCCACUAUUGCUCCGCUUAUUUUGCUUACGCUUCUGGUUCCUCGGUAGCGAUUCUCUUUCGUGCGCCUAUACGUACAAAUUGCUUUAAAGAGAGAGAGAGAGGGGAGCGAGAGGGGGAGCAUUUGCGGCCUCUUGUUAUUGUUCUUAAUCGACGAGCUACAGGAAAAUUAAGAGGGAACCUUUGAUAUGGCUGCUACUGCGAUGGCCUCUUCUACUGACAUUCGAUAUGGGCCAGAGGACCCCACCCUCUCAAAACCAUGGAAAGGCCUGAUUGAUGGUAAGACGGGAUAUCUUUAUUACUGGAAUCCAGAGACCAACAUUACCCAAUAUGAGAGGCCCAUUAUCUCUUUGAAAGCAAGCUCUGCUGCGCCAGACAAAUCUUUGAGUUCCUCAGUUCAAAAGUCUUCUCAAGGAGGCCACAAAGCUAAUGAUGAUGAUGAUAGAUAUAACAGAGGUAGCAACAGUGGGUCAGUGAAGGUUGCUUCUGGGACAGGAAGUUAUCAGAGUGCAAGAAGCAGAUCUGAUCAUUUACGUGAUGAUCUGAUUGUGAAAGCGAGUUCUGGACUUGGAUUGUUCUCUUCAAAAGUUGCAGAAAGUGGUUUAUCUGCUGAUUCUUAUCGCCGUCAACAUGACAUAACUGUAACUGGAGAUAAUGUGCCCCAACCUUUCACUUCAUUUGAAGCUACUGGUUUUCCUUCAGAGAUUCUUAGGGAGGUGUACCAUGCUGGAUUUUCUACUCCUACACCAAUACAGGCACAGUCAUGGCCAAUUGCUCUACAAGGUUCUGACGUAGUAGCCAUUGCGAAGACAGGCUCUGGUAAAACUUUGGGUUACUUGAUUCCUGGCUUUACUCACAUAAAGAAACGACACAAUAAUCCCAAAUUAGGUCCAACAGUUCUAGUCUUGUCACCGACAAGGGAGUUGGCAACUCAGAUACAAAAUGAAACUGCGAAGUUUGGAAAAUCAUCUAAGAUAUCUUGCACGUGUUUGUAUGGAGGUGCACCAAAAGGUCCUCAGUUGAGAGACCUAGACAGAGGUGUAGAUGUUGUGGUUGCUACUCCUGGUCGCUUGAAUGAUAUUCUAGAGAUGAGAAGAGUAAGCCUCCGUCAAGUUUCAUACUUGGUGUUAGAUGAAGCGGAUCGGAUGUUGGAUAUGGGGUUUGAACCUCAGAUAAGAAAGAUUGUCAAGGAGGUGCCUACUACCAGGCAAACACUUAUGUACACAGCAACAUGGCCAAAGGAGGUGCGGAGAAUUGCUGCUGAUCUUCUGGUUAAACCUGUUCAGAUUAACAUUGGAAAUGUUGAUGAGCUUGCUGCGAACAAGGCUAUUACCCAGUAUGUUGAAGUCCUUUCACCCGUGGAGAAACAUAGGCGGCUGGAGCAGAUAUUGAGAUCUCAAGAACCAGGAUCGAAGAUAAUAAUAUUUUGUUCAACUAAGAAAAUGUGCGAUCAACUUGCACGUAACCUAACCCGCCAAUUUGAUGCGGCUGCUAUUCAUGGAGACAAAUCUCAAGGUGAGAGGGAUCAUGUGUUGAGUCAGUUUCGCACAGGAAGGUCACCGGUGCUUGUAGCCACUGAUGUUGCUGCUCGUGGCCUGGACAUCAAAGAUAUUAGGGUGGUGAUAAACUUCGACUUUCCCACUGGAAUAGAGGAUUAUGUUCAUAGAAUUGGAAGAACAGGACGAGCAGGUGCAACUGGAGUGGCUUUUACAUUUUUCUGUGACAAGGAUGCAAAACAUGCAUCGGAUCUUGUCAAAGUUUUGAAUGGAGCAAAUCAAUGUGUCCCUGUUGAAAUUCGUGAUUUGGCUUUAUGUGGCAAUGGAAUGGGAAAGGCAAAACGCCAAUGGGGUUCAGGCCCUAGCAUACGUAAUGGAGGUCAUUUUGGAAGCUAUGAUUCUGUCUAUGGUGGACGUGGCAGCAAUAGGUAUGGUGCACAUCGCAGUAGAAGCCCCAAUAGAAAUUUAGUUUGAUGCAGAAUAUGCUGAUGGAACUUGUCCCAAUUAGGAAGAGUAAGAGGAUGAAGGACCAUUCACGUUGAAGGCCAUAUCAUUCUUCCAGAUAAAAAAUUGCUUGUUUCGGGCAGUGAAUAAGGACUGAUUAUUGAUGAAUUUUGUGCUUCUGACGCUGUAUUUUUUCCUCUGUUGUAUUCUUUGUCCUUGGAACCUAUUUGAAUAGUGCUUUAGCUACGGCUGGGGAAUUUAUACUUGUGAUAGUAAAAUUAAGACUAAUUGUUUGACAUUGUUACAUGUGAACAACAAAGUAAGCUUCCUGUCCAAUGAAUUUACUUUGGAUUUAUGAAUCUUUGUUAUAUA